UGUUCCCUUCCGUCUAUUCUGUUCUUUGGUUCCGACCAGCUGUCUUAUACAGUGCUGGUGGUUUGGGCCCUGCCUGUGGAUUUCUCGCCGGUGCCGGGUUUCUCAGCAUUUACAUUGACUUUCCGUUCGUCCGGCCUCCCACUGGCCUGAGUCGGAACGAUCCCUUGUGGCUGGGAGCUUGGUGGAUGGGGAUGUUGGUCUGUGCCAGUAUGACUUUUGUGGCCGCCCUCCCGGUGACCGCCUUCCCCAAGCGUCUGUCCAUUCGUAAGUGCAUCCAAGUUGAACCAGCCUCAUCGACUGUGCAGAACAAUAAAGCAGCCGAGGUAGCUGCUCCUGUUUCACCGACUGUAAAAGCAUCAAAGUUGUCCGCUGUCGAACCCUUGUCACGCGAUAGUCUGUAUCACCGCUUGGCUUCUGAGUUCAAAAUUAAUCAUUGUCGGAAGUUGUACAAUUCUUGCGUAUUGCGAACGCAUCAUACCAGCAUGGACGAAACCGAGCAUCGCGCUAGCUCAGAUUUGGCUUUGCCGGUGUCCAAGAUAUCAACAAUGCCACGUGUAGAACAGCGAUCGCGCAUCCACUCGUCCGAGGAAUAUUCACCGAAACCACCUGCUUCUCCAAACUGUCCUCUAGCGUUUGUAAAGCUGCAACACCAAACCAAGAGUAAGGCUAGAAAGUUUGUACUCGUUCUCCGCCGAGUUCUUGUCAACCCGGUCUGGUUUGGUGUCACUUUCACCACUGUUGUGGAACACUCGAUUGUGGCUGCUUUCCUCACGUUCGCCGCCAAAUAUAUCGAGGGUGUGUUUCAAAUACCUCCCUAUCUGGCCAGCAUUCAUACAGGUGCAGUUGUGGUUCCCGGUGCUCUGAUCGGGAUCAUAACAGGUGCGAUUUUCAUGCGACACUACAGGCCUCGUAUCGAUCGAGCCCUUAGCAGUGUUUGUCUCGUGAUCGCUUUGACUGUGGUGACCACUCUGAGUCUCAUGAUGCUCGGCUGCUCGGGUAAUCGAAUCGCCGGCUUGACCGCCACCUACGAUGGACAGCCUUGGCCUCGACUGUACGGUAUUGCUCAACUAAAACCACCCAAUCUGACUGCCCCAUGCAACCGCCGUGUUUUACCAAACGUGGACAGUGAAGCCGAUCAUGAGCAAAUUUCUAAUCAGGAACAAUGCUCUUCAUUACACUUUGAUCCAGUUUGCUGGAAGCAAGUGGUUAGGAUCCCGGAAUCGGAUGAAACUAACAUGGCCCCCAGGUUUCUCACAUACUUUAAUCCCUGUUUCGCUGGGUGUCCCCAAAGCGAUGCGUCAUCCGAUUUGCCUGGCGAUCCGAAGGAGGACUUAUCACACUGCAGAUGUGUUACAGGUGAUCGAGUCAACCCAUCGGGAGAUCCCCAGUCAAACACAAGUAUCAGCGCGUCUAAUUUUGGUCACGUGACACCUGGACGCUGCCCAACCGGUUGUUCCCAGUACAUCGUUUUCCUUGCGAUCCUAUUCCUUCACAUUCUGUGCACAGGUUUGUUGCAAAAUCCCAGCAACAUCAUCACUCUCAGCUGUGUAGCCUCUGAAGACAGUGCGGUUGCACUGGGCUUUCAGCUAUUCUUCAUGCGGACACUUGCCUACAUUCCUGCACCGAUCUAUUUCGGUCAACUUUUCGAUGCGGUUUGCCAGUAUCGUGUGCCCAAAGCGAAUAAUCUUCAUCACUCUUCGGAUCCUCCGACAGUCCAGCUUCCGACUUCUGCAGGCGUGAUGCUCACACGAGCAGGUUCUUCACAAGACGGUUCUUGCAUACAGUACAACGUAGACGGCCUUCCAUUUGUUUGGUUGGGUUUGGUGUUAGCACUCAAGCUCAUCAGUUUGAUCAGCGCACUGCUGACAUGGCAAAUUGCUAGACGACAGACUGCUCUCCUCAAGUCUACUUCAUCCGACGACCUCAAAUCGGUGGAUAUUUGCAAGCCGACGGCACCGGAUGUCCCCUCACUGCCUCCUAUGGACCAAAUAAUCCGACGUGAUUUUGGUACCAAUCUGGAUAAAUUACCAGAGCAACAGAGCGCAACAACACAGUCGGAUUCGAUCGCCGGCACACCUCUGGACGACCCUCCGCGGCCUUAACCAUGAGGUUUCAACUCCAUAGUUUUUAGGGCUUUCCCUCCGCUACCUUUUAUAGCUGAAAAUUGGAACUUUUCGCCACGUUUACUGAUGAAAGGGACUGUGUAUACCCUGUCUCCAAAUUGGUCUACUGUUCCUAUUACAGAAAACAACGUAGGUUUUCCUCAUUCCUUAUCUCGAAUUGAUGGUCGCUGUUUUACUACCAUUUCCUACGCCCACUAUUCUAUCGUACCAGUUUUCCUCCGUUUUCCGGUGAUCUCAUCAGUCAAAUUCCAUUUGUUCUUGUCUUCUGGUCUCUCCUCGCCCCCGCAACAAGUAGCUAAUGCUGUUUUUUACUGCUCAGCUCACCUACAUGUGGUCCUGUCGAUUAUCUUAGAAUUUCUUGUUCAGCUACAUUGUCCUGUGAUGAUUGUUGCAAGCAGCAAUGUUCUCUUCUUACGACCUGAACGCGCUCACCUGUGUAUCUGUACAUAGUUCUCGUUACUGACUUUAUUUGACUCUUUGUUUGCAUUUUACUUUCAUGACAUUCUUACUCAAAGGCUUGCUCUUGUUCCGACACAUACGGGCACCACACAGUCAUCCCAUUCUCUUCGGUCACUCACUUUGGCAGAUAUGGCG